AUGGAAGGUGUUGAAGCUCUGGUAUUUGACGUGUUUGGCACCGUUGUCGACUGGCGUGGCUCUGUAUCUGCGGAAUUGAAAGCACUAGGAAAAAACCUAGCCUUAAAUGCCGACUGGGAUGCUUUUGCUGCCGAAUGGCGGAAGGGAUACCUGACAAAUACAUCCCGUAUCGCUCGCGAAGGAAGCGACAGUGGUCCUUUGAAUGUUGACGUUCUGCAUAGACAGAUUUUGGACGACAUGCUGAACUCGCCACGAUGGGUGGACGUAGGUUCGAAGCUAGACGAGAAGACGAGAGCCCACCUGAACCUUGUCUGGCACCGUCUCAAUGGGUGGCCUGAUACCGUCGAGGGUCUCUACCAACUCAAAAAGCACGUCAUUCUGACGACAUUAUCCAAUGGGAACGUUAGAUUAUUGGUAGAUAUGGCAAAACAUGCGAACCUCCCUUGGGAUCUCGUUCUGUCAACCGAGCUGUUCUCGUGCUAUAAGCCGAACCCGGAAGCUUAUCUCGGUGCUAUCAAGCAUCUCUCGGUUCCACCGGAGAAGUGUGCUAUGGUGGGGAUGAAGACGGUGUACGUCCAGAGGCCGGGAGAAGCGGCCGAGGAUGUCGUAGUCAAGCCAAGUUCAGAGGGCGGCGAAGUUGACGUUGUGGUGCAAUCGUUCAUAGAGCUUGCUUCUUUGUUGAGCCAGACGCACUGA